GGCCGGGGGAGAGAGAUAGAGAGAUUCGGUUUAAAGCGGAUGUCACAAGACUCGCAGAGGUGCAACAGGACUUUCGGCAGGCGCUAACUGCUAGCGUUAAAAAAAGGGAGACCCAACAGUAGGGGUGGGGGCCUGAUGAUGCUGAACAUGGAGACUCUUGGAAGCGUUAGCACUCUCCAGAGCCGGAGAAUAAUAUUAUUUCCGCUACCUUUUCAGGGUCAUAUCAAUCCCAUGCUUCAGCUGGCAAACAUUCUUCACACCCGCGGUUUCAAAAUAACCAUUAUACACGCUGAAUACAACUCUCCUAAUCCUUCCAACUAUCCUCACUUAACCUUUAAGCCCAUUAAGGACCACCUUUCCAAAGUUGCUCACGAGUAUCCUACGAACCGAGACGGUACCUAUUUUGUUAGGUACUUAAACAAAAGCUGUGUAGAUACGUUUACGGAUUGUCUGGCUGGGUUGUUGGCAGAACCCGGUGAAGAACGGGUUGCUUGUGUAAUCACAGAUGCGUGUUUUUAUGUCACGCAGGCGGUGGCGGAUGAUAUGAAGCUACCUCGGAUAGUGCUCCGGACUAGUAGUCUCGGUUGCAACCUUGCUUAUGAGGCUUUACCCUUUUACUCUAAAACGGGUAGUUUUUACCUUACAAAACAAGUAGAUAGAUUUGAAGUAUUAGUGCCGGAAUAUCCACUAUUGAAAUUUAAAGAUAUCGCAAAGAUCACAAUCAACCCACAAGGUAUGGGGGACUUAGCCACCAACAUGCUUAACCAGAUGAAGGCAUCAUCAGGGAUUAUAUGGAACACCUUCAAAGAACUUGAAGAAUCUGAUCUAGAAACUCUCUCCCGAGAUUUUCCAGUUCCAAGCUUCACUUUAGGUCCAUUCCACAAGUAUUUCCCAGCGUCUUCGAGCAGCCUGAUUGAACAAGACCGAACUAUUCUCUCAUGGCUAGACAAACAACCUCCCAAGUCGGUAGUGUAUGCUAGUUUCGGAAGCGUUGCACAAAUAAACGAGUCAGAAUUUCAAGAAGUGGCGCAUGGGUUGGCUAAUAUCGGUUUGCCAUUUUUGUGGGUGGUUCGACCAGGGAUGGUUGUUGGUUCAGAAUGGUUGGAGUCGUUGCCUGAAAAUUUCCUAGAAAGAAUGGGCGAUAGGGGACGGAUAGUGAAAUGGUCUCCUCAACAAGAAGUACUAGAUCAUCCGGCAACAGGGUGUUUUUGGACUCAUAAUGGAUGGAAUUCAACAUUGGAGAGCAUAUGCGAAGGUGUUCCCAUGAUUUGUUCCCCAUGUUUGGGCGACCAACCAAUAAAUGCAAGAUAUGUGAGUGACGUUUGGAAGAUAGGCGUUUUUUUAGAAGAUGGGUUUGAAAGGGUGGGAAUCGAGAUGGCGAUUAAACGAGUAAUGAUGGGUAAAGAAGGAGGAGAAAUGCGUAAGAGAAUAAGUUGUUUUAAGGAGAAGGUAAACCCAUGGUUGCAAAAGUCGCUAGGCGCUCCCUAGUCGGUCAACUGAGGAGUUGAGAGUACUCGGCCUAGGCGGAGAGUACACGGGGAGUACUCGAACAUGCCAGAUUAUAAAGAAAUUAGUUUUUGGGUAUUAAAUAUAUGUCAAAUAACAUAAAUUUACUAAUAUUUAUAACAAUAUACUUAAAAUUGAUAUUCAUUCUUUAAUAUUAUACGCAUAAAAAUUAUGGUUUAUUUUAUUUUAAGUCAAACUCAACCCGAGUUGACCUUCUAAAUCCGAUUUUGGCCGAUGUUGACCGUAUUUUAUCGAUUCCGAGUAAUUAGUCGGAGUUGAAGAAAGUCGCCUCGGCAGCCUACCUUGUAGCGACUACUCGGGGAGUACUCGGCCUUGGAGACCUUGUUUUACAACCAUGGGUAAACCUCUCCCUCGCCGAAGGUGGCUCUUCUUGCCGGUCAUUAAACAACUUAGUUGAUUAUAUUUCAUCUUUUUGACUUGCGGAAAUCAAUUACAGUUAAUUCUUUAGUAUAUUUAUUCUGGAAAAAAAAAACACAAAAACUGAUACAUGUAUGCAAUAUUUUUCUUUUUCAUGUAAUAAAUGGAGAGACCUGUGAAUUAGACUUGUAUCUUCAAAAGUGAUAUCAAUCUUAAAUAAAACAUCUAGCAAUUUCCUUCUGAAUCUGUUAAUGUGUUUCUGGUCGUGAUAAAAGCUUAAGCUUGAUGUUGCACUCAAGUCUUGGUCAAAUUUACCAUACUGAUUUUUUAUUUUCUUCUAUUAUGGUGUAACAACCUAAUUUUAAAAAAAAUCCAAAUAGAAUUUUUUUACACAUCCAAUCGAUAUGUAGAUACAAUCAACCCAAGAACAUGCCCAAUAUCUUGAGAUGUUGCUGAAAACACAUAUCAACUUUUAGCCUCCUAUUAUUUGCAUCCAGUCAACAUUUGGUACGUUAUUUAAUUCACAUAUCACACAUUGGUCAG